GCAAUGUUAUGACAGAUGAGAGAGAGGCUAAAAGAAGAGGUAGAGGGAGAAGGAGAGAUAGCGGAGAUAAUGUUGUUAACUGUCAAAGAAGCUUCUUUAACGGUCUUAUUCAAUCUCCCUACGCUCUCCUGCAAUCGAAGAACCUCUACCAGACCAUGGAAUUCGACUUGCAGGGCGAGCUUUGCUGUUGAGAGAAAACAAAACAACUACGCUUGGAAACUCCCUCUUCCCUGCAACAGAUGUGAUGGUUCGGAUUUUGAUCCCUUGGGUAUCAAUCUAGAUCCCUCUUUGGAUCUCAGAGCUCCUUGGCAACGUGUUGCAGACUUGUUUUCCCAAAUGUUUGAGAGCACAUCAAGUACAAAAAGAGACAAACCUUCUUCAGCUAAGGGAGUGGCAGCUGCAAUCGAAGACAGUUCAAUUGAUUUUGGUGACUUUUUUAAAGGACCACUACCUGGAAAGUUUCUCAAACUGUUAGGGUAUUUAGCUCUUUCUCGACUUGGAAUCUAUGUACCGUUAGGUGGCGUCAACCGAGAGGCUUUUGUUGGUAAUUUGGAUCAGAGCAGUCUGUUGGGCACCUUGGAUACAUUUUCAGGUGGAGGCAUAGGUCGGUUGGGGAUCUGCUCCCUUGGUAUUGUUCCUUAUAUCAAUGCACAGAUUGUAUUUCAGCUUCUUACACAGAUCUACCCAAAGUUGCAAGAACUUCAAAAACGAGAAGGUGAAGCAGGGAGGAAGAAAGUUCUUCAGUAUACUCGCUAUGCCUCAGUUGGGUUUGCAGUAGUACAGGCUAUUGGUCAAGUAGUAUACCUACGCCCUUAUGUCAAUGACUUCAGUACACAGUGGGUGCUAUCAUCAGUGACACUGUUGACUCUUGGUUCAGUCCUUACAACCUACAUUGGGGAACGGAUCUCUGAUCUUAAACUUGGCAAUGGAACAUCCCUUCUGAUCUUCACAAGCAUUAUUUCAUACUUGCCUGCAUCAUUUGGUAGGACAGUUGUAGAAGCAUUUCAGGAUGGAAACUAUGUUGGCCUCAUUGCCAUCGUUAUUUCUUUCUUCUUGCUAGUCCUUGGUAUUGUGUAUGUCCAGGAAGCUGAGAGGAAAAUCCCACUUAACUAUGCCUCAAGAUACAUUAGUAAAAGCGGGGGACUUCAGAAAUCUGCCUAUCUUCCCUUUAAGGUAAAUAGUUCCGGAGUGAUGCCGAUUAUAUUUUCAACGUCAUCAUUGGCUCUUCCGGGUACACUAGCACGCUUCACAGGUCUGGCAACUUUGCAACAAGCUGCAGUUGCUUUAAAUCCAGGAGGUGCUCUAUAUCUCCCUACAAAUAUUCUAUUAAUUGCCUUCUUCAACUACUACUACACAUUUCUACAAUUGGACCCUGAUGAUGUGAGUGAACAGUUGAAGCGUCAAGGUGCAUCCAUCCCACUUGUUCGCCCGGGGAAAAGCACUGCUGCAUGUAUUAAAACUGUUCUUAGCCGGAUAUCAGUUCUUGGUUCUGCUUUUUUGGCAGUACUGGCUGCUGGUCCUGCUGUGAUUGAACAAACGACACAUUUGACUGCAUUUCGUGGUUUUGCUGGCACAUCUGUUCUGAUUCUUGUUGGAUGUGCAACUGACACAGCAAGAAAAGUUCAAGCAGAAAUAAUAUCCCAAAAGUACAAGAACAUAGAGUUCUAUGAUUUUGAUAGGUACUGAUCGCACAUUAAAAGUCAGAACAUGGGCCAGAGAGAGGAUAAUUCAGCAAAGCAUAAAGAGCAAGUUUUCUCUUUAAAGUUAGUCUUUUCAUACAGUAGAAUCGUAUUCUGAUUACGAAGUAACAAUUAGAUCCCUAGCGUGAUUUUUU